ACCCCUUAAUCCUUGCAUUGGCUUUCGCGUUUGCAUUUUCCUAUGGCCUCAAAGGCCGGCGAAGAACAGCACCCAAAGCCAUCGUCCGAUAUUGAUGGCGGCAGCGGCAACACUGCUGAGUACCGGGAAACAGCGAAGCAGAAGGGAGACAAUCCGGCUCCCGACGGUGGAGUCUUGGCGGCAUUGGUUUUGCCGAGGGAGGAGGCGAUGCGGCUCGCCAUUUACAUUGCCUUGGCGCACGGCGGAUUAGCCCUAUCAUUUGUCCUGUUAUACGGUCUAGCCCGGCUGCUGCAGGACUACAGGCGACCAAUUCAGUGGGCAUUACUCUGCUCGAUGCCCCUUCGCGAGCUCCAUACGGCUCUCGUCUCAUUCUGGUCCCAUCCGCUAAGCCUUGGUCUCCCUGAGACCCUCCUCGCCGUUCCCCUUGUCACCCUGCGGUCUGCCGCCAGCUCCCUUAUCGACUCCCACGCUGCUCUCCACCGCCUAUUUCGUCGCCAGAGUCAGCCGCAUCACCCGCCUCCUCACCUCGGUUUCUCAAAGCUUAUGCGAUGGCUCGUCUCCUUCGCCUUCUUCGUCCUCCUCCACGAGCGCUUAGGUUCCCUCGCCCUUCCCGUCUUCGCCCUCCCCGGCUUCCUCGCUUCUACCCGCACCCGCGCUCCUCCACUCUCGGCCACCCUCUCCGCCAUCGCUGCAGCCCGUCACAUUCGCCGCAACAGCAAGCACGCUUUUGAUCCCCCGUCGCACGCCCUCAGCCGCUUUAGCCGUUUCCUCACCUCCCGCAUCCUUCGUCACCUCAACACCCUCAUUGCCAUCAAUCUCAUCCUCGCCAUGAUCUGCACCUCUCUCUCCAGCUCCCUCCUCUUCUCCUACAAGAUAUCCAUCGAGGGCCGCGAUGCCGUCGUCGCGCUCAAGUACCAUUUCCAACAGCACAACUAUACGGAAAGGAUAGGCCUUCAACGCUGGAUGGACGAUCACGAUGUUCCCGAGCUCAUUGAAUCCGGUGCUUCGAAGCUAUACGACAGCGUCGUCCACCAUGUCGAUUCCCUUGCGCUCCAGUACAAUGUUACUGAGCUCGCCGAAGAGUUCAAGCUGUAUCUCGUUAAACCCAUCGGAGAAUCCACCAAUUCCUCAUCUUUCAUCACAAAAAAGUCCUCCCUCCACCCCUUCUCCAUCAAACUCCGGAACCUCCUACACCACAUCCGUAACCAAGAAUGGAGGCAAACCUUUGCAGAUUCCGAUUAUAUGGUAAAAGAAUUCCUCUCUGUGCUUGCCAGAGAAGACUUGGUGGAGAAGAUCAAAGGUUUCGCUCUUCAGAGCAUUGAUAUCUUCAAACAGAUCUUGGCAAGCAGCACGAUGGUUAUGUCUGGAAGUGCCAACUUGCUCUUCUCCAUUUCUCUUUCGAUUAUCUCCGGUGCUGCUGGUUUGUUGAGUUUUAUUUCACAGCUCUUCAUUUUUUUCUGGCUACUCUACUCCUUAAUCACUUCUGAAUCUGGUGUCAUGGAUCAUGCUCUUGGCAUGCUUCCCAUAUCCAAGUCUAAAAGAGUUCGUUGUGCAGUGGUUCUUGAUCAUGCUGUUAGUAGUGUGAUGUUGGCUGCUGUGAAAGUUGCUCUGUUUCAGGGGUGCUUCACAUAUCUCUUGUUUCGAUUCUACCAUAUACAUUUUCUUUAUGUAUCCACAUUGGUUGCCUGCACAAGUGCAAUCCUGCCAAUUACGCCAUUCUGGCUUUCCUCCAUCCCGGCAGCUAUUCAGUUGGUUGUGGAGGCUAGAUAUGUUGAAGCUGUGGUGCUCACAUCGAUCCAUCUUAUAGUUUUGGAUUAUGGCACUCUUGCAAUCCAAGAUGAAAUACCAGGUCAAAAUGCUUACUUGACAGGGCUUAGCAUUCUUGGUGGAAUGGCAUUGUUCCCAUCUGUCUUGGAGAGAAAAGGGGUGUAAUAAAAUCAGCUAGAACCUUACAUCUUACAUGUUAGACAAAGACAAGAACUAUAUCUAACAAUUUGGCAGCGACAGAACUGAGAAAGAAAUAGGAAGUCUGAAAUACUUUUUAUGGUU